CUUUCCUCUUCCCCAUUGACUCUGUUUUCCUUCUCUCUCUAAAAAAUCUCCAUUUUCUUUAACUCAAAUCUGAAGAUCAAAGAAUCCCAUCUCCAGAAAGAAGAGAAUCUAUAGAAAGUUUCUAGGAAGAAGAAGAAAGAUCCAAACUUUAUCAUCCAUGAAACUGAAUACUAAACAACAACAACAACAAUGGUCUCCCUACUUGAAGAAGAUCCUUCCAUGGGCUAUGUUCUCUCUCCUCCCAUUAGCUCUCUUUAGAAUCUACUUCUAUCCACUCACUAACAUUGAUGAUGAUCAUCAUCCAAUAAAACCCAUUAUCACCACCAUAGCCACUUUUCCUUCUCCUUCACCAAAAGAAAAGGAAAGGGUAGUAAUAGAUGAAUGUGAGUAUGGAAAUGGGAAAUGGGUCCCUGAUAAAAGGGGCCCUUUAUAUAAUGGAACAAGCUGUGGUACCAUUAAAGAUGGACAGAACUGUAUGAGCCAUGGCAGACCAGAUACAGACUAUCUCUAUUGGAGAUGGAAACCUAAUCAAGAUCAAUGCCAAAUUCCAAGAUUUGAUUCUCUUCAUUUUCUCUCUCUACAUAUAAACAAGCAUUUGGCAUUUGUUGGAGACUCCAUGGCCAGGAAUCAGAUGGAGUCUCUCCUAUGUAUGCUCUCCUCAUACUCAACACCAAACCUAAUUUACAGCAAUGGGGACGACAACAAAUUCCGACGUUGGAAUUUCCCAUCUCACAACUUCACAAUCUCAAUCUACUGGUCUCCAUUUCUCGUCAAAGGUAUCGAAAAAACCGAAUCAAGAAACUACAAUCGUUUGUUUCUAGAAUCCGUCGACGAAAAAUGGGCAUCCGAUCUCGAUCAAAUAGACACAAUUAUCUUAUCCGUUGGCCACUGGUUCCUUCACCGCGCAGUUUAUUCCUACGAUGGAUCCGUUCUCGGCUGCCAUUCAUGCGAAGGCAUGAACUUCACCGAGAUCGGAUUCUACGACGUGUUUGGAAAAGCAAUAAAGACAUCUAUCGAUGCCAUAAUCGAAAGACAAAGUAAAACAAGAAGCUAUAGAAGCGGAUUUUUUGAUGUCAUCGUGACGACAUUUUCGCCUCAUCAUUUCGAAGGAGAAUGGGAUAAAUUGGGGGCUUGUUCUAAAACGAUGCCUUUUGAGGAAUGGGAGAAGAAACUUGAAGGGAUGGAUUUUGAAAUGAGGGAAUCGGAAAUGAAGGAGAUUCGGGUUGGGAAAAUGAAGAUUGAGGAAUUUGGAGGAUCCGGGAAGGUCCGAUUGGAAGGUGUGGAUGUGACUAAAAUGGCACUUUUGAGACCCGAUGGACAUCCGGGUCCUUAUUUGUAUCCGAAUCCGUUUAAGGAUGGGGUUAAAGAAAGGGUACAAAAUGAUUGUGUUCAUUGGUGUAUGCCGGGUCCUAUUGAUACUUGGAAUGAGAUACUUUUUGAAGUUAUCAAAAGAUGGCAAGAAUGAAGUUUUUUUUUUUAAAAUUUAUUUAAUGGGUGAAAUAAUUGUUUUGAUUUUUUUACUUGUUUAUUCACAUACACAUAGGAUCAAUCUUCAUUUGAAUUGGGUUAUUCAUAAUUAUAGAUAUUUAUAAU